AUGGACCUCACCUCCUCCAACCCACCUACCCACAUCCCUCUGCAGAUCCCUCUGCCCUUCGAGGCGACCCGCAACCCUUCCUGGUGGGGAUUCGAGGGGCGGGACCUGCAGGCCUCUCAGAGCGCGUGCUACUGGCUGAAGGAGGUGCGUUACUCCGACAUCGGCACCCUGGCGUGGAUGAUCACCCUCAGUGAUGGCCUCCACAACUUCAUCGACGGGCUGGCCAUCGGCGCCUCCUUCACCGUCUCCGUCUUCCAGGGGAUCAGCACCUCGGUGGCCAUCCUCUGCGAGGAGUUCCCCCACGAGCUGGGGGACUUUGAGCUGACCGCGGGGACGACCAUCCGCCAAGCGAUGUUCUUCAACUUCAUCUCUGCCUGCUGCUGCUACCUGGGCUUGGCCUUUGGCAUCGUGGCUGGCAGCCACUUCUCUGCCAACUGGAUCUUCGCCCUGGCCGGGGGGAUGUUCCUCUACAUAGCACUGGCUGACAUGUUCCCCGAGAUGAACGAGGUGAGCCGGGAGGACGAGCAGCAGGGCAGUGCCCUCAUCACCUUCGCCAUCCAGAACGCGGGGCUGCUGACGGGCUUCACCAUCAUGGUGCUGCUCACCAUGUACUCUGGCCAGAUCCAGAUCGGGUAG